AUUUUUUUCAAUUUUCCUCAGUGGGGUUUAAGGGGUUUUCCUUGUACAACUUGAAACGUCAGUUUUUGGGAGAUAUUUUCCUGCUUUGAGGGUGGGCAAACCUUUGGGAAAGAGAGAUACGAAGUACAGUUGUCAGAAGUGACGGAUCAUAUUUAUAUCUCGUGUUGUUUUUCAUAUUUUUUUGUUUUUCCAUUUUUUCGAAGUUUGUGGUGAAUUUCUCGGCGAGAAAAUUGGCAAAGGGAUUUCAAUCUCUUAAGGAAUUUUUGUUUCUGUGUGAGAUUUGGGAGACGGAGAAAGCAUUUUAGAUAGUAAUCAGAUUUAGGGAAAAGCCAGCAACCCGAAUUAAUUAAUCCGAUGAUUCAUGGAGUUCUGAGCUAUCCCUUUAGAAAUUCGUCACUCACGACGAUUUGAAUUUAAUCCAUUUGCCAAUCAAUAAAGAAAUUGAUGAGAGUGAAUUGAUUGAAUUUUUUGUACGUAAUUUUUACGGACAGUUUAAUUGCGAGUUUGAACGAUAAAUUCUGAAAUUGACUUUCGUAAAUCUGUGAUAUUGUAAAAAGUUCACCUCUGUCUUUUACACCUUGGUCAUACGUUGCAGUAAAAAAUCCUAGUGCCGGAAAAUGUUCUCCUGGUUGACCCGCGAGGGCAACGACAAGCAAGACAUCUUUGAUAAUGUCACUCAAGGCUUGAACCACAUCUACAAGACGAAACUCCUACCCUUAGAACAACAUUACCAGUUCCAUGACUUCCAUUCCCCUCAGCUGGACGACCCAGACUUCGAUGCAAAACCUAUGAUUCUCCUAGUGGGUCAAUAUUCCACUGGGAAAACGACAUUCAUAAAGUACCUCCUGGAGCGAGACUUUCCAGGUAUUAGAAUCGGACCUGAACCAACAACUGAUCGUUUCAUAGCAGUGAUGUACGAUCAGAAGGAGGGAGUAAUUCCAGGGAAUGCCCUCGUGGUGGAUCCCAGCAAGCAAUUUCGUCCGCUGGCUAAAUUCGGCAAUGCUUUUCUCAACAGACUCCAGUGCUCUAUGGUAGCAUCACCGGUGCUCAAGGGAAUAUCAAUCGUCGAUACCCCUGGAAUUUUAUCUGGUGAGAAGCAGAGAGUGGACAGAGGCUAUGAUUUUACUGGAGUACUUGAGUGGUUUGCUGAGAGAGUUGACCGGAUUAUUUUGUUAUUCGAUGCCCACAAGUUGGACAUUUCUGACGAAUUCAGACGCUCCAUCGAAGCUUUGAGAGGCCACGAUGAUAAAAUUCGAAUUGUCCUAAAUAAAGCGGAUAUGAUCGAUCAUCAGCAACUGAUGCGGGUUUAUGGAGCUCUCAUGUGGUCCUUGGGGAAGGUAUUGCAAACACCGGAGGUCGCUAGAGUCUACAUUGGCUCCUUCUGGGAUCAACCAUUGAGGUACGACGUUAAUAGGAGACUCUUUGAAGCUGAGGAGCAGGACCUAUUCAAGGAUAUGCAGUCAUUGCCGAAAAAUGCAACACUCAGGAAACUUAAUGAUUUGAUUAAGAGGGCUAGACUUGCCAAGGUUCAUGCUUAUAUAAUCAGUGCAUUGAGGAAAGACAUGCCUACGGUUUUUGGUAAAGAUGCCAAAAAGAAGGAGUUGAUUAAGAAUUUGGGACAGAUUUAUGAUCAGAUACAGAGGGAGCACCAGAUUUCUCCUGGAGAUUUUCCGGAUUUGAAGAAAAUGCAAGAGAAUUUAACUCAUCAUGAUUUUACGAAAUUCAAUCCCCUGAAACCAAGACUGUUAGAGGUAGUUGAUAAAAUGCUGGCUGAGGAUAUCGCUAAAUUGAUGGCUAUGAUUCCACAUGAAGAAAUUAGCAAUACGACUGAGCCGUUAAUUAGAGGAGGCGCUUUUGAAGGAGUUGAGGAUCAAAUCAGUCCAUUUGGAUACAAAAGGGGCGAGGGAAUCGAUGCUGGUGCUGGUGAACCUGAGUGGAUUGUCAAUAAAGAGCGUUACAAAUACGAUAACAUGUUCGAAAGUCUGGGACCAACUGAUGGAAAAAUUACUGGAGCAGCGGCUAAAUCUGAAAUGAUAAAGUCCAAACUCCCUAAUAGUGUUCUUGGAAAAAUCUGGAAGCUCGCUGAUUACGAUAAAGAUGGUUUUCUCGAUGCUGACGAAUUUUCCCUGGCGAUGCAUUUGAUAAACGUGAAACUUGAAGGCUACGAUUUACCCGAAGAACUCCCAGAACACCUAGUUCCACCAGUAAAGCGAGGAAUGUAUGCGUGAUAAAAUUAGGAAUCAUUGGAACCACAAGGAAAGAAAAAUAGAAAGUCAUAAAAGGCAAUGAAACCUCAA